UGGCAGUGGUGCACGCAGUGGCGGCGGCAGCUGCUGACCGCGUCGUGCGACGACACGCAGGAACCAGGCGGAGAUGGCGCACACGUGUCGCGGCACCAUCAGCCUGGUGAGCGCAGUGAUCCACACCGAGGACUCCUGCAACUUCGUCAUCUCCAACGGGGGCACGCAGACCUUCCACCUCAAGGCCAGCAACGAGAUCGAGCGCCAGAAAUGGGUCACCGCGCUGGAGCUGGCCAAGGCCCGUGCCGUGCGCAUGAUGGAGUCCGAGGAAGACGAGGAGCUGGACAUGCCCUCACAGCUGGAUAAAUGCGAGCUGCUGACGGUGCUGAGGCUUCUGCAUGUCAAGCUCGAGGACCUGUCCAUGUGCAGUGAGCUCAUUGGGAAGCAUGGUGCUGCACUGCAGCGCUCCCUGUCCGACCUGGAACAGCUUGACGCGGCGGCUGCGGGCGGAGGGCCGGAGUUGGCCGCACGUGUGCGCGCUGUCAAUGAGCGUGCCACGCUCUUCCGUAUCACCUCCACUGCAAUGAUGAAUGCAUGCAACGAGUACGUCCAGCUGGCUCAAAGUCAGGGCCGCAAGUGGGUGCGCAUGCUGCAGCAUGAGCACGAGCAGUGCCUCCGCCUCCAGGAGAUGGUUGAGCAGCUCGCCAAGCAGCAUUCGUCGCUAGAGCGUGCAGCGCAGGAGGCCAGCGGGCCUUCCUCAGGCGGCACUGGUGGCGGUGGAGGAGGAACCCACUCAGAUGACGAGGAAUUCUUCGACGCGCCCGAGCACUCGCCCACCGGCGCUACAGGCCUCGAGCACCACUUUCUUGUCUCCAUGCCGUCGACAGAGUCUACGUCACGCGCCAAGCAUCGUCGCUCCGCCAGCGGACUGAGCGGGCUCUCGGACUCGCGAAACUCAGACUCUGACUCUGAGUUGGAGCCCCUGUCGUCUCCGCCGCUGCUGCCAGCUGUGUCGUCACCGUCGUCUGGUGGUGGCAGCGACCCGCCGCCAGUGGUUGAUCCACCAUAUUCUGAGGGCAACAGUAUGGCUCUGAUGCCUUCUGCUAAUGGAGGCAGUGGUGGCAGCGUCCGGAAACGUCGCAUGCGCAUUCCAGAAAAGCCAUCGUGCAGCCUCUCGCUCUGGUCUAUCAUGAAGAACUGCAUCGGCAAGGAGCUCACCAAGAUCCCAAUGCCUGUGAACUUCAAUGAGCCACUGUCAACGCUACAGCGGCUGACAGAGGACUAUGAGUAUGCAGACCUGCUGGAUCGAGCUGCACAGUGCGAUGAUCCUUCCUUGCAGCUGGUGUACAUAGCAGCCUUUGCGGUGUCGUCGUAUGCUACCACAUCCAAUCGUACUGGCAAGCCUUUCAAUCCACUCCUUGGGGAGACCUACGAGUGUGAUCGCCGUGACGACCUUGGCUGGCGGGCCAUCUCCGAGCAGGUGAGCCACCACCCGCCGAUGCUGGCCCAACACUGCGAGGGGCGAGGCUGGCGAUGCUGGCAGGAAUUCUCCAUGUCCAGCAAAUUCCGUGGCAAGUACCUGCAGGUGAUACCGCUGGGCGUGGUGCACUUAGAGCUGCUACGUGGGGGCCACUUCACGUGGCACAAGGUGACUACCGUGGUGCACAACAUCAUCGUGGGCAAGCUCUGGGUCGACCACCAGGGGGACAUGGAGAUCCGCAACCACACGCACGGCCACGUGGCCAGGCUCAAGUUCCAGCCGUACUCGUACUUCUCGCGCGAGCCCCCGCGGCGCGUGACGGGCUUUGUGUCGGACCCAGAUGGCAACCCGGUCUGGGUGCUGCAGGGCACCUGGGACAGCCAGAUGGAGUAUGCACGUGUCCUUUCUACCACCGGCAGAGGCAGCCAGGGUAGCCGCCCCGUGAUUGAGUCGGCUAGCCCGAGGCUCGUUUGGAAACGCCGCCUGCCUGGGGAGGAGUAUGAGCGCAUGUACAGCUUUACGGUGCUAGCCUGCCAGCUGAAUGAGCCUGAAGACGGCGUGGCGCCCACUGACAGCCGGCUACGGCCUGACCAGCGCCUCAUGGAAGAAGGAAAUUGGGACGAGGCCAACCAGGUGAAACUGCAGCUGGAGGAGAAGCAGCGUGCAACACGUCGGCAGCGUGAGGCCGAGGCUGAAGCUGCGGCCGCCCAGGGUCGCCCAUACGUAGGCCACGAGCCGGCCUGGUUCCGCAAAGAGACCGACCCCGUCACGGGCAACCCAAUCCACGUCUACCAGAAUGAAUACUGGGGCUGCAAGGAGAAGGCCAAGUGGGAUCGCUGUCCUGCCAUCUAUCUGUCUUGAGCCACCAGCAAUGUCGCUUACCCCCCCUUCCCCUCCUGUACCACGACUGCUGGGGCUGGUGCAAGCCGGCAUGCCUCCAGCCAGUGCUGGUGCCCUAAUCAGACAAGGGCAAGUUCCGCUGAAUGGUGUCACUCGGGUGCUAGCAAGCCAUGCCCUUCCUGCACCUUGACAAACACCCACCCACUCAGACCGUGCAGACUGCAACUUGUUCACUUUUCGAGCGUUGUUGGUGAUUGUUCACGCGCAAGACCCGGGAUGAAGCCAACUCCACACGAGCAAAUGUAUGGCCAGGCCAGGAGUUGGUGGCCCGCGGUCUCUUAUGUCGGUUGCCGAGGUUCACGUAGUAAGAUAAUCUUCUAUAUAAUUAUGCGUUUUGAAUAUCCCGCUCCAGCGUGGAUGUGAGCGGGCCAUAGACUGGAGGAGCAAGACCCCCCGAGCGAUCGAGAUGUGUGGUCUACCUGCCUUCCGGGUGAGCCUGUGGAGCUGUGGUGGCUCUGUGAUGCGAACUACUGUUGUGAUGGGAAGUGUGCAAGAGGAGGGGGCCCCCUUCUUGUUGACAUGCUACCGCUUCCAUGCCUUUUCUUUUUUUAGGUCGUUGUUGGAGAAGCCUGCUAUAUACAUAUAUGUAUACAUACAUAUACGAACUGCAACACACACUUGGAGAAAUUAAAUGUUUUGUUUUUUAGGGAAUUAAAAUUCUUGGUUUUAUAA